AUGGCCGCGGCCACCACCUACACAACUGCCAUUAACAACACGACCACCACCAACAAGAAACCCGCCUUACGGCCUCCCAACCGCGCAGACUCCCGCUGGAAGACCAUCGACCCGGUUCCUCUGACGCGCGAGUCCUUCCUCGACCUCCUCUACGGCCGGACUCCCGUGAUCCAGGUGCCGCGCUUCAUCGAUCAAGACCUCAGCGCCCGGUCGCUGCACUAUCUGCUUCCACGCUUUACCCCAUACCUGCACGCAACCGGACCGCCCGUGGAGAAGGUCGGACUGGCGCAAUUUGAGUUCCAGGCGCAGUCGGCCGAGGAUUUCACCCGUCGUACUGGGAACGAAAAGGCCCAGUACUUCAGCGAGGUGUCCAAGCUGGGGGAUCUGCACGCGCGCAUGGCCGCCGUCACAGGGACGAAUCUGUGGCAGCGUACCGUGGCCGCCAUUACCGCGCUGGUGGCGCCCGAGUGGGAGGUCGGGGUUGCCAGCGAGCUGGGGUUUCAGGCCCGAUCACCGGCCUACUUCUCCGGGAUCUUCCGCAGCAUCAACCGCGGCACGCCAAUCCACUGCGACUGGUGCCCGUACGACUGCCUGACCGAGGACUGGAUCCUCAGCCGCAUCACCCACCAGGCGGUGUUCAACCUGUACCUGUCCUCGGUGACGGACGGCGGCGACACGACCAUCUAUGACGUGCAGUGGUCGCCGGAGGCACUGCGGUACCGCGACCCGGCCUCGUACGGCUAUGCGCCGGAGCUGGUGGCGGGGCGCGACCACACCCGCUUCCACCCCGAGGCGGGCGAUCUGUAUAUCUUCAACUCGCGCAACAUGCACGAGGUGGCGGCGGUCGAGGAAAAAGUCACACAGACGCAGUCGGCUCCCCCCCGCGUGGCGUUGGCCAGCUUCAUGGGGCUGCUGCCGGCAGAGGUGACCGGGGGAAAGCCGCGAUUGAUGUUCUGGUCGUAG